CUAACGUUAGCUAACGCCUGUCUUAUCAACGUUAGCUUAGCUAGUUAAAGUGAGCAGUGCCUCCAUACAGUGUCAGUCUGCGGUUUAGCGUUAAAUCCAUUUGAACCACCCAUCGUUAGUUUGCUGUGUUUUAGCGUAUGCUGUGUUUUACGCAAGAUUUGAACCAGAGAGGGACCAUGGAACAGCCCGGUCCUGUUUCAGAUACAGUCGUGAUGGAAGGAUCCGAGGUUGAAUCUGUGUCGGUGGGAUCGCAGCUGGUGAAUCAGCUUCAUAACAGCACAUCUAGCGUAGAAGAGAAGGAACAAAUCUCUCACAACAGUUCAGAUGAAGCAGAAAAGUGCAGUCAGGCCAAAGAUGAAGCACAGCUUGACAGUGAAUUAAUCAAGACUACGAUAGAUGUUGAGACGGACACAAAGACGAAUUCGGAAGCUCAAACAUGCAGUCAGGAACAUGUAGAAGGGAGUGAGCUGGAUGCUGAUACUGGCUGUGAUGGCAGUACAGUUUCCAUGGAAGGUAGGAUACCUUCACUUUCAAAUGAGAAUGGUGGAGCUUUGGUGGCCCCAGUCACCACUUUGGAUGAUGUGGUAGAAGGCUCUCCUCCUGUUCUUGAAGGGACAAUAGAAACCUUAUUGACUUUUAAUGAACUGAAAGAUUCUCAUGCCACCACUCCAAACAGUAAUGAGCAGCCAUCAAUCUUGGUUACAAAUCGUUCCACAGAGCCAUCGCCCGCUAAUGAUAGUGGUUCAGCUGAGAGUCCAUCAUCCACUUCCGUUAAAAGCGCUAACAAAAACUCCCCUACCGACUCGACAACCACAUCUGGCAUUUUCAAUGGCCCUUCUACCCCCAGUUCCAACACUGUCAGCUCCUCGCUUGCUUCCAGCCCACAAACCAGUGCCAACAUUUCAGCCCCCUCACAUUCCUUGUCAAGUCCGUAUGACACUGAUUGCAGCCGAAAGCUUAUUUCCCAGAUCCAGCGCUCGCUGUCACAGGAGUCACUGCUGGAUGAACUAGAGUCAGAGCUGUUGGCUUGUCAGCUGCCUGAGGGUAAAAGUGGAGGUGAGAGGAAAGGAAGCCCACCUGUCAAUGGACUCCCUACAGACCAAGAGGGCUGCAUGGUGGUCUUUGAGAAGUGUGUGCAAUUCAAGUAUGCACAGCAGGAGAAAGCUAUUCAGAGCCUGCUUGAGGAGAACAAGAGGCAUCAGGAGCUGAUCCUGGGUAUCUGUUCAGAGAAGGACAACAUGAGGGAAGAGCUGAAAAAGAGGGCAGAGACAGAAAAGCAGCACAUGGCCACCAUUAAAAAGUUGGAGGGCAGGGUGGAGGAGCUGCUAAAAGAACUGAAGGAGUCGCGAGAUAAACUAAUUCACCAGGACCAGGCAGCUAAAGCUGCUCUCCAGCACAUGCAGAAGGAGAUGACUUACCGGCUAGAACAGGUGAACAAGAAGUGUGACGAGGCACGCCAAGAGAAAGAGGCCAUGGUGAUGAAAUAUGUGCGGGGGGAGAAAGAGGCCCUUGACCUGAGGCGGGAUAAGGAGGGUUUGGAGAAGAGGCUGAGGGAAGCCACCAAGGAGGUAGACCGCCAGGCCCUCCGAGGAAACCAGCUGGCCCAGGAGAAAGGCCGGCUGCAGCAGCUGUAUGAUGUAAAGGAAGGCGAGGUUGGCAGGUUGACUCGAGAGGUGGAAAAGUUGAAGGAGGAGAUCAACUCACAUCUCAUCAAGGUCAAAUGGGCCCAGAACAAAUUAAAGAGCGAGGCGGAUGUACACAAGGAAACUAAAGACAAACUGAGAGAGACCACAUCCAAAUUGGCCCAGGCCAAAGAAGAGACUGAACAGAUCCGCAAGAACUGCCAGGACAUGAUCCGAACAUACCAGGAAUCAGAGGAACUCAAGUCUAAUGAGCUGGAUGCUAAACUGAGGGAGACCAAAGGAGAGCUGGAGAAACACAAGCAGGAACAAACAGACCAAUUAGAGGUGCACCGAGUGAAGGCCAAAGAGCUUGAUGAGCUGAAAAGGAGUUACAAAGAGGGCAUGGAUGAGCUCAAUACUCUACGCACCAAGUUAAAGUGUCUAGAGGACGAACGUCCACGCUGGGAGGACGAACUGAGCAAGUACAGGGAGAUCAUCAAUCGGCAGAAAGCUGAGAUCGGCCGCCAGAGAGAAAAGCUGGAAGAGAUCACUGCGCUCCAGGAGCAGCAUCAGCGUGAUAAACAGGAGAUCACGUCUCUUCGUGAGGAAGUGGACAGCCUGACCAACCAGAUGGCUGACCUCCAGCGUGAUGUACAAGGCAGCAGGGAGCGUGAGGCUGAGUUAUUGGGCUUCACUGAGAAGCUGAGCAGCAAGAACGCCCAGCUCCAGUCAGAAAGCAACGCACUACAGUCUCAGCUGGAUCAACUCGCCAGCAGCUUCACAGAGCUCCAAGCAAGGCUGGAAGAGACCAACAUGCUGCUAGAUGACAAGUCACGGCAUCUGAAACAGGAAGAGGUGCUGAGGCAGCAGGAGGUGGAAGGACUGCAGGAGGAGAGGUCAGCACUGCAGACAGAGGUGGCCCAACUAAAAACUAGAGUUGAAGAGCUGAGGGAUGAGCUGGUGACUCAGAAAAGGAAACAAGUUGCCAACAUCAAGGACCUGACGAAACAACUAACACAAGCUCGUAAGAGACUGGAACAGGUUGAGAAUGGAGGCUGCGACCGGGAUGCCAGCAGUAUGGGCAGUCGCUCAAGUUCCUCAGGUACUACUCCGGGAUUUGGCUCCUUGAAUGCACGCCAUGGUGGGAGUGGUGUUGAAGAUCGGUCACCAGAAAGCCAGUCAGGUCCUUCAGUGGUGGUCGUGGACAGUUUCCCAGAGGUCGACAAGGCUGUGCUUGUGGAUCGCAUUGUCCGUCUGCAAAAGGCCCUGGCUCGCAAGCAGGAAAAAAUUGAGUUCAUGGAGGAUCAUAUCAAGCAACUGGUGGAGGAGAUUCGCAAAAAGACCAAAAUUAUCCAGAGCUAUGUGCUAAGAGAGGAGUCAGGGGCCCUCUCGUCUGAGGCGUCGGACAUUAACAAGGCCCACCUGAGCCGGCGGGGAGGCAUCAUGGCUUCGCUUUAUUCCUCUCACCCGGCGGACAGCGGGCUGACCCUGGACCUGUCGCUGGAAAUCAACAGGAAGCUGCAGGCUGUGUUGGAGGACACACUGCUGAAGAACAUUACUCUGAAGGAGAAUCUGCAGACGCUGGGGGGCGAGAUCGAGAGGCUCAUAAAACAGCAGAGAGAUCCUGAGGACCGAGUAAGGAAGAAGUGACACAACCAUGUCACAGGAAAGAGGAAAUGAAGGACCAAGAAAUACUCGAGGAAUCUCCAACCCACCAUUUUUGAAGAAACAGCAAAAUGAGAUACUCAUACACACACACACACUCAUUCUCCUAGCAUAUGAAGGAGCAAAUUGAAUGUUGUCAGGCUGCUUUGUGGAGGACAUCUUGAACUUUCUGUCCAUUUGCUGAACAUGUCUGCACUUACUUGAACUGUCAUUAUUCCAUCCACAUUGUACCACCUCUGUUUCCUCCUCCGGCACAACAACUCUUCCUCUGGCUAAAUCUGUCUCCCCUGAGCCUUGCCAAGAUAAAAACUCUUCAUGACAGUUGCUUCGAGCUUGAAACUCUGACUGCCUUGUAAACUAAUUGACUAAAGAUGCCAUAAUUAUGAAUGUAUAGCAAAUUCUACCUGGGGAAAUAGUCCAAAAAAUGACAAACACUAAUUUGCCAAUGAAUUCAUCCUAUAAAAAAUGGACUGUCUUGUGGUACAUUUGUCUCCUGACAGCAACUCACAGCUCUUUCCACCGUACAGUAAGUAAAGUGAGAUGAGAUGAUCAUCGCUCAGCAUGCUCUCUCCACUUGUCUCCUGAUGUCCGUCUGCCAAUAAGCCAAGUGUAUUUUUGAAAGACUGCUUCUUCAGUUUUACUACACAGCGUACUCCGUAUGUGAAACAAAAGUGAAAAACAGAUCCGCCCUGGCUUGUUGGGGAACUUGCGUGCCACCUGCGCAUUUUUCUUCAUCUUUUGCUCUGCACAGCACUUAUGACCAAGCUGGGGAAGCAACUGCCUAACAUCAGCAGACCCACCCAUCUGUUUGACACCGGUGCUAGACUUAAAGAAGCAGACUGUGUCAAUGCAGCCAACAUGACGCAUGGAAGUAUCCUAAUGUUAAGCUGUGUAAAACUGAAGAAAAUCUAUGGCAACUAUGAUAUCAUGUUAUGGUUGAAAUGUAGAGCUGGUCUUUGGUUUAGCCAUUUUGAAUGUGAUUUUUAAUUUAUUUUUGGCUUAAAAUUUAAUUUUUAUUUUAGUAUGUCUGGUUAUCCAUUUUUGUUUUCUAUUAUGCAUUUUCACUUAAAGCUUUCUUUGAGAUUUGUUGGUCUUUGCUCUUAAUUUAAAAUAAUGAAUACCUUGAACACUUUUGCCUUUCCUUCACUGUAAUCUGUUUAAAUGUUCCUGAUGCAGGCAUUUCAUUAGUACCAACUGGUAACAACUUCUCUAAGUUAGACAUGAGCAUCUAAAGAUGUUUGUUUCAGCUUCCCUGAAAGUGGUUUGUUAGUAUCAUCAUCAUUCCUCAUUUCAAACAGCAGGCACAGACAUGCUACCAACUGUCUUUGCACCGUGUGGACAAUACAAUCUGGUGGGGGAGGGGACAGAAAUGUUAAGGUAUUCCUAUCACACUCUUUUUCUUUGUGGUGUCACUGAGUCCGUUGAAGUAAACCAAGUGUAGAAGAAUCAGAGGGAGGACAGGAGAUCUGUAGCUGUAGCUCAGGAAAGCCAAUGGAACCUACAGAAAUAUAUCCAGGGACAAAGUGCAAUUCUGUUCCUUGUCAUUUAUUUCUUUUCUUUUUCUUUUUCUUUUUUUUGUUGGUCUUUUUUUGUUCUGAAUGUGUUUAUGUGCCAGUAUACUGUUUUAUAUGUCUGUUUUUAUGCUUGUGUAUGUACAACAUGCAACUGUGCUGGUGUUUGAAUAAUUAAGUGUUCAAAUUGUGCGUGUGCAUGGCUGCACGUGUGCCUUUUUAACCUCUCAAGCUUUUGUGUUUACACCUUGUGUACAUGCUUCAGCUGUCAGGGCAUAUAGGCUUUUACGAUGAAGUUUGUUCCAUCCAGAGGGGUAAACAUGAUUUGCAUUUACACCAGAGUGUGUCAGCAACACCUGAAGCUCAGUACCUCUCAGCCAUACACAAUUAUGCUUCUGUCUCUCAUUCACAGCUGUUUGGUCUAUCGUACAAACACACACUCACAAACACACAGGAUGAAGGCUAUAGAGCAGGCAACUAGUUUGAUUCAACAAUACUAAAGUUUCCUUGGUCUUUAUUUGAUCUGAUUGCAAAAGCUGUCAGAAAAGAUAAAUAUCCAUCCCCCCAUCCCCAUCAGAAACAGGCUUUUAUGGGUCAUGAAUGGUUACAGGCCGAUGCCCUUCCCAUACACCCUGAGGCUAUGUUGAAAUGGCCCACUACAUGAAUAGAGAUGAAAGUUUCCAGGAUUGAGGUCAUGCAGUCUAAAGCCUCCCUGUUGCCACAGUGGGUGCUCGCUGUUUGAUGUACCUCUACUUUUACUUCAUCCAAACUGAUUUCUUUGCGACGUGGGAUGCAGUUUUGCCCUUUAUCACAUUACAUUUAGGUUUGUUUGUUUUCUCUUUCUAUCAAGCCAGUUGAUUAUUUCAAAAUCAAUUCAUCUGGAUGUUUUCAUGCAUCUUAAACAAUGCAAAAAGGAGUUGCUUGUUGCUGAAUAGGUGAAAAAACAAAAAGCAGUUUUUGUUUUCGUUUUGCAGUUUGUUUCUGGUACAGAAGUAAAAUACCUAUGCAUGGGAUUUCCUAAUUAAUUCUUCAUAAUUCUCGGAGUUAUGCUAAUACGCUUCUACUGAUUUGGUCACAGUGUGUCACCUGUAAGAGUCAUCCUGAUUGAAGAUUUUACACGUUUCCACGGCCUUGAAACGAAGCCGUGCAGCAGCAUUGUGUGGAUGAAUGAAUAGAACCUCGUGUUUCACUAUAUGGAUAUGAAGAAAUGGUGUUCAUUAUGUGUGAGUGUCAAAAUGUGACAUUAAAUGAGAAGUUUGUCAUUUUUCUGUUUUCUUCCUGCUGUGCAAUGAUUUCCCCCUGCUCUGUUUUGUGGAAUAUCCAAACUGUGAUUAUAAUAUACAUUUGUAAAUAUGUCAUUCUGUAAAAUUAUGAUGAGAUGUUUUUAAAAAUGAAACUGAUUCUGGAUUAUGUUUGUAUAUAUGGUGUUUCCAGGGAAUAAAAAGAGAUGAGUCUUAACUUUCUCUUGAAUGUUC